GCUCAGAAAGAAUUUCACCGUGUUUGGGGUUGCAUCGCGUCGCGUGACCGCAUCACAGAGUCCACAAAAAAUAAGGAAACCUUUGGCCAUAAUAUCGACAAUUGCUAACAUGCUAAUGUAGCAUCGAAACGGUUCGCAAAUUGUCCAACGAAAGCGAAAUCCAUAAGCGUCAGCAAACAAAUUGUUGCUCCAGCCGCCGGGCAAGAGAAGCGUGGAUUCAUAAAAAAUAAAAAACAAAUAAAGCAUAAAUAAUUAAUUCCGAUAAACCCAAACACAUACAAAAUGUCGCCGUUCAUGGAGAAGACGUUGUUGUUGUUAGGCGUGCUCUGCUGCAUACAAGUGACUACUGCCCUGAUGUGCUAUGACUGCAAUAGCGAGUUCGAUCCCCGAUGCGGCGAUCCCUUCGAGCCGUACUCCAUUGGCGAGGUGAACUGCAGCAAACAGGAGCCACUGGAGCACCUGAAGGACAAGUACAAGCCCACCCUGUGCCGCAAAACCGUUCAAAAGAUUUACGGGAAGACCCGGAUCGUACGAGGCUGCGGAUAUAUCCCCGAUGAACACACCGACACCAAGUGCGUUAGGCGCUCGGGAACCCACGACGUGGCCGCCAUCUACUGCUCCUGCACCAAGGAUCUGUGCAACGGAGCCAACUCCCCUGUUGCCCAGUGGAUGAUGCUGCCACUAGUCUUCGCCGCCGGACUUGCGCUCCUGCUGAACUCGAGGCACACAAUACGAUUCCAGAGCUCGUAAAUUCAGCUCGACCUAGCAUUUCACUGAGUUUCGUUUUCGACUUUGGUUUUAGUGGUUUUUCGUUUCAGAUCUGCAAUUGAUGAUCAUUUAGUUGCAUAAUUUACUUUAAUAUUUAAUUUAAUGUGUUCGUAAGCGUAAAAAAAAUAAGAAUAAUAUGGAAAUUAACUUACCUUAUGGAUUCACACAUACACCUUAUAAAAAGAAACAGGAUAAAAA